CCUGGAAGACACCAGAUAACAGGAUUUGCUUCCUUUUUUUAAUGAGUUCUUACAAUAAUUGUAGUUUCUAUACAGAGAAUUACACAUGUGCAUCAUCAGCAUUAAAGGAAACUUUUCUUCUAUUUCUGUUUAAACUCUGGUGGUAGAGCUGAUUUUAAAGGAGAGACCUGCAGUUUUAGACUGAGAGGCUGUGACGUUGAACCUGAUAUUUCUGCCUCCGUGUCGCAGGAUGCUGUGAUCAGCGGAGUCCAAAGCAGCAGUGAGGUCUGCCAGGACAGAACAGAUCACCAUCAAAGACUUUUAAAGGUCAUUAAUGGCCUGACAGAGAAGGCUUUAAAAAACAAAAGUUUAUUUCAUGACCACUGUAGUUUGCAAAUUGUAGUCGGAAGAUUAACUGUAUACGUGAGUUCCUUAAUACACCCAGUAGAUUUAAAACAUGCCAAGAAAUAAACAACAAACAAGGUCCAAAAGCAUCAACGACUUUUAAAUAAGUAUACUAGAAGCACACCUACAUGAGAUUAUCUCAGGGAAACUCAUCAAUGUGAAUGGGAAGAUGUUAAGUGGUGCAGAAAUCAGAUUAAGAGGCGGAGAAAGGGCCUUGUUGAAUCAAAUGGAAGAAAACUAAGAACCGUCUGUCCCGCAGAUCAGAUUCAACAUUAAACUCAACCAGAACUUGUUUGAUGCAGGAUUGGUCUCAACAUACAGAAGUCUGAAAAUGCAUUUAGCCAAAAACCAAACACAAACAGGAACCAGUUGACGUGAAUAGAUUUAAUCAAUGGAAGAACCGACAGAGACUUUCCCCCAUUCGUCCACCAGGUGGCGCUUUUCCAUCAAGAGAAACUUAAACUGCACCCAUUCACAGCACCAAAAAUCCUGAGCCUCCAGCAGAGUCCCUGAGGCUGUGUUCAGCUUUGAUGAGCAAUUCUUACACACAGAAAAUUCAGGGGGUGAAAACAAGUGAAAAGCAUCCUCCUGAUUGCAUUUUAAAACAUCUCUCUGCCUCAGACCUGCUGUUGUGCAUGAGGACGUGGCCUUCAGGUCCCAGAGUUUUUCUGAGCAAACUCUGGACUCAGUCAGCACGGUCAAUAAUUCAGCUGCUCCGGGUCUGCUCCAGGUGGAUGAAGACAGAGGUGACAGCACGGGUCUCUUUAACGUGGAGAUUUUUGCAAAGCUCUGCACUGACUGGACGCUUUUAAAAAAAAAUACUUUUUUUUUUGUACGACCUCACUGUGAAGUCAGCCACAACUCAACAUAACUCACAACCCAACUCAGCCAUGACCAGAUGAGUUGGGCUUUUUUAUCUGACCUCAUGAGAUCUGCCACCAUUUUCAUGUUUAGGGUCUAAAUUCUGGUGAAAGUGUGUUCUGAUGAUGAGUUAUUAAUGGUAUUUUCAAACAUUUGAGGCUCAUCUUUCACAGAGUUUUUCUUUUCCUGAAUUGCAUGAAAAUAGCAGCAUCUGAAAGUUUAAACUGAAAUAGAUUUGAUCUCAAAGAUUUCUGGAUUAGCAUUAAGGGAAAAGACAAUAUUAUAAUCAGCUUUCUUACAUUGAUAUUUAAUUAUGUAAUACAUAACAUUUACAAUGUUCUGUUUUGUUAUCCAAUAAUGUCUCCAUUUAGGAUCUGAGAGACAGAUUAAAUAUGAUAUUUACAGGCUGUUCUAACCUGAAAUUUUAUGGAAAUAUUUCAAAUGAAAGCACUAAACUGUGAGUGUUUUCCUCCUGAUUGCACCAUUACGCAUUCAGGAGCUCAAACUGGUGAUUGAAGCCCACUUUCUUCUUCCCUCAAUGCAGCAGGUCGUCAGGGAGGGCUUGACCGAUCAGCAGGACAGUAAUGAUUGUCCCCCUUUUGGCUCCUGCUCUCCGGGGGCCCAUCGACAGGCCCUCCUCAUCAGCGCGCAGCCUUAUUAGAGGCGAUGCCCAAAGAGGGAGGGGCCACGCUUUCUUUCCCGUCGGUGUAUGGUGAUGGAUAAGUAUAAGACCCCACCACAAGAAUGCGAUCACACUGGAAAAAACAAAGCUUUGCGUCGCCUCCUCCCGCCGCACUCACAGACGCUCCGACAUGCUGCAGCUGAUCCUGCCCGUGCUCCUGUCCUCCCUCUGGGCUGCCUGCGCGGGUUCCGGAGAUUGGUGCUAUCAGUCCCAGUUUUCCUGCACUCAUCAGUGCAAUGAAAAGUGGGACCAUGCCAAUCAGGAUUGUGGAGGAAGUAAGCAGUCGCCCAUCAACAUCGUCACCAGAAAGACGAUUAAAGACGAGCGCCUGACUCCUCUGAAGUUCAGCAACUACCAGCAGAUCUUCAAAAGCUCCAUCAAAAACAACGGCCACUCGGUUCAGGUUGGAGUUCCUCACCUCAGUACCAUCUCUGGUGGAGAUCUGCCAACCACCUACAAAGCUGUGCAGUUCCACCUGCACUGGGGCAACAAAGGAGGGCCCGGCUCUGAGCACACCAUCGACGGGGAACAGUACCCCAUGGAGCUGCACAUCGUCCACAUGAAGGCCGACUACGCUGAUCUCACAACAGCACUGAGGGACAGAGAGGGUGUUGCAGUCCUUGGAUUUUUCUAUGAGGUGUCCAACAGUGCAAACCGGAAGUACGACCCCAUCAUCACUUCACUGCAAAGCAUAAAAGCAGCAAAUGGCAACAUGUCUCUGCCCUCCAUUUCUCUGGCUCAGCUGAUCCCGUCUGAGCAGAACAUGACCUCCUACUUCCGUUACAAAGGGUCUCUGACCACCCCGGGGUGCACUGAGGCCGUCAUUUGGACUGUCUUUGAGAACCCCAUCCCUUUGAGCAUGGAUCAGCUCAAGGCUUUCUCUGAGCUCAAGUUCAGUGACGGCAACCCGUUGGUGGGGAACUUCCGGCCCAUCCAGCCCCUGAACGGCCGGAAGGUGUUCCGCUCCAGCGGCGCUGUGGUCCUGGUCAGCUCGGCGCUGCUCCUGGCCACCCUGGCCGCGGCGUUGGGGCUGUCCCAGCCCAACUAGAGCGCGGCGUCCUGUGCUGCACUGUGACAUCCACGAACACAAAGGGCUGAGCCUCAGUGUCGUACAUCUUUAUCGCAUGGUUGCUAAAAUGAUGGACCACGUCGUAGUGCCGGGAUCGCUCACCGUUCCUCCCUCAUGACACAAAUGACAAAGGCGUUGGAGGAGGGCCUUAUGAGAGGUGCUGUAGGGGGUUCGAUCAGCAUUCGUGCAUGCAUAGCGAAGCAGUAAGUCUUAUUUCAGCAUUAUGAAUGUGUCAUUAAGCUGGUUUCCAGGCACUCAAAGUGAUCAUUCAGCCUCCACACCAAGAUCGGUCGGUCGACCUGUAAUUCUCAUGGCUUCAAUCUAAUCACAAACACACACAUCCCACUUCCACCUUGUCCAAUGUCAGGUAAAUUUAGUCUCUGUUAAUGCCAGAGCGAGUUGCCAAUAGUUUGCGCUCUGAGUGCGGGUGUCAGCCCAGUAAGCUGGCAUGUGAUGUGUUGUUCUUUUGGGGGGCACGUGAACAGCACGGAGUUAUAAAUAGCAGAACUGAGUCAUAAAACAAGCUCUAUUUCAAAGCUAGCGGUCAAAGGAGUCAGCAGUUUCUUCUGAACUCCGGCAUAGCGCAGCAUGGCAGUGGGGUGAGCUCCUCCCAGUCGCUCGGGCAGGUCGGGAAAGAAGGGAGCUGAAGUCUGUGCAGAAAACAGCUGCGUAAUGGUCUGAGAGCAACACCGCUCUCCUCUCAGAGUCACCCGAGGCCACGAUACAGAGAAGCUAGUAGCGGCGACUGCAGCACUGAGACACAACCAGCGUGGUUUCAUCCUGGGAACGCCACCAUCAUGCAUCCCAUCCAACGAAUCGCAUGAAUCUGCAUGAAUUGAUGUUAGCGAUGUUUAGCACAAGCUCGCCAGAUUCCCCACACACUCCUCAGUCACUCUGUUUGUCCUUUAAAAAAAUGACCAUAAAAGUUGAAUGGAGCUUAUUGUGAGAACGUGCAACUGUGCUCAUGACUUGUUAUCGACUGUGAAUCUUACCAAGCUGAGUUCUCAGAUAUUUAUUCGGGAGGACUCUUAAAGUAUUUUAGAAGGAGAUUUGUGCAAUUUUCCAGUAAGAUUACCCGUGAUGAUCAAACAAGGAAUCUGUGUAUUUUCCAUUGUUAUACAAGGCUUCAAGUUAUAUUUCUAUGCUGUCUUUGUACACAUGUAUUUAUGUACUGAAUGUGUAUAUUGAUAUCAGAACGCACAGUUGUUGUUAUUUAUGUAUAGAAUGCAACAAGUAUAUAUAUAUAUAUAUAUGGAGCAUCAAGUUGUUCAUGACCAAUCGUGUUUACUUAUGAUGUUCAAGUGUAUGAGACUGUCAGGUUGUAAUGCUUGAAGGUGUCAAAAAUAAUGUGUAAAAUGUGUUCUAACUGAACAAUAAACUACAUUACUUUUUAA